AAGACGCCGGCGUGAUCUGCUCAGAUGCUGAGUAUCCAACUCCCCCACUGCCAGCUUAUCCGUUGGCUGCCCCAGCAAUGACAGUGGCUGCAGAAAAAUUUCCAUGUGGCGGCAUUAUCACUAACUCAUCUGGAGCGAUUAGGAAUCCCCCGCAGAAUGAAAUGCACGACAACAUAACCUGUGUGUGGGAAAUCAAGGCGAACGCAACUGAUCACGUACUGCUGGCAUUUCCAUAUCUUAACCUCGACUGCACCAACGAGUACUUCGAAAUCCUGGACGGCCCUCCCGCCUCAGCACAGUCCCUGGGGAAGACCUGCUCCGGUUUCUACCUCACCUACGCCUCCUCCUCCAGCUCCAUGACCCUGGUGUACUUCCGCAGCAUCAACAACAUAGGGAAGAACUUCCUUGCUUACUAUUAUUCUGCGCCCAAGGAGGCAGCGCCGCAGACCCCACAGCUAAUCACCAUCCCGACAGCAACACCCAAGACAGUAACAGCAAGACCAGGGGACUGGCCAGAGCUGCGGCUGGUGGGCGGCUCGGGCCGGUGCUCGGGUCGCGUGGAGGUGCUCCACCAGGGGGCCUGGGGCACCGUGUGCGAUGACCUGUGGGACCUGAACGAAGCCGAGGUCGUGUGCCGCCAGCUGCGGUGCGGCCGGGCCGUGUCCGCCCUCGGGAAGGCCCACUUCGGCCCAGGCUCAGGAGACAUCUUCCUGGACAACAUGCAGUGCGCGGGCGCCGAGCGCUACCUGGGCCAGUGCGCCCACGCGGGCUGGUCGGAGCACAACUGCGGCCACCACGAGGACGCCGGUGUCAUCUGCUCAGAUGCUGAGGAGUCACUUUUUAACAAUCCAGGGGACUGGCCAGAGCUGCGGCUGGUGGGCGGCUCAGGCCGGUGCUCGGGACGCGUGGAGGUCCUCCACCAGGGGGCCUGGGGCACCGUGUGCGACGACCUGUGGGACCUGAACGAAGCUGAGGUCGUGUGCCGGCAACUCAGGUGUGGAUGGGCUGUUUCUAGCCCAGGUGAGGCCCACUUCGGCCCAGGCUCAGGAGACAUCUUCCUGGACAACAUGCAGUGCUCCGGGGUGGAGCACUACCUGGGCCAGUGCGCCCACUCGGGCUGGUCCGAGCACAACUGUGGCCACCACGAGGAUGCCGGCGUCAUCUGCUCAGAUGCAGACGACCUACCUUUGCCCACACCUCCAGGUCCUUCUGCAGCUUCUCAGGAUCAUAUAACAGGAGGAAGUAACUCCUGUGGAGGGGUCAUUUCUAGUCUCUCUGGCUCAUUUUCUAGUCCACGGUAUCCAGAAAACUACCCAACAGAUGUCCAGUGUGUCUGGGAGAUCCACGUGGAUAAAAAAUUUCUCAUAGAACUCAUAAUUCCAAAUUUGAAGUAA